CAGUAUAAGAGAAUGAGAGGAACAGAAACUGGCCAUGAUCAUAACCUAUAACCUAUAACCUGAGAACUGAGAAUUUGUUCAUAUCAAUGCUUGCUAAAAUCUCACAUAACCUAUAACCUGAGAACGGAGGUACAACAAUGGCGACCGCCACCGCUCUGGCGCCGGGGCUCUCGAGGAAGCUGAAGAAGGUUCUGGAAACGAGGACGGACAGUCCAGAUCUUCUCUCGUCUCUUAACACUCUUUCCGCAUUUUACACUGAAAACUCUUCCAAUGAUCGCCGAAACCUCCGAUCCACCAUUGAGAAACGUGCUCUCUUCAUCAAUCAAGAGUUUCUUCAAGCUUCGGAUGCCGCUCAACAGGCCUUGGAUAGUGUGGAAGCGGAGGUUAAUGCUCUGGCUGAGUGCUGUGAUAAGAUAGCUAAGACUUUGAAUAGCUGUAGCUCUAGAACUGGAGAUAUAAUCAGUACCACAGAACGGCUUAAACAUGAACUUGAAAUCACAACACAGAGACAAGAGAUUGUUUCAUGUUUCCUUAGUGAUUAUCAGCUUUCUAUUGAAGAGAUAAAUGCAUUGAGGGAGGAUGAUCUUUGUGACAACUUUUUUAACGCAUUAUCUCAUGUUCAAGAAAUUCAUGCCAACUGCAAAGUUUUGCUUCGUACUCAUCAUCAGCGGGCAGGUCUGGAACUAAUGGAUAUGAUGUCUGUCUACCAAGAAGGGGCAUAUGAACGGUUGUGCAGGUGGGUGCAGGCGGAGUGUAGGAGACUGGGUGAUACCGAUAAUCCUGAAGUUGGUGAGCUUCUAAGAACAGCAGUCAGAUGCCUUAAAGAACGACCUGUCCUCCUCAAGUAUUGUGCUGAAGAGGUUGCAAACAUGAGGCAUAAUGCACUAUUUAGGAGGUUUAUAAGUGCUCUCACUCGUGGAGGACCGGGUGGAAUGCCUAGACCUAUCGAAGUACAUGCUCACGAUCCCUUGAGAUAUGUGGGUGACAUGUUGGGGUGGCUGCAUCAGGCCUUAGCAUCAGAAAGAGAACUUGUUCUUGCAUUACUGGAUCCAGACGCAAUUUCUGAUAUUGGACCAACUGCCAGGAAAUUUGCCAAAGGGGGGUUGGAGGGUGAUUUGGGAAAAACAGAACUUGACUUGACGUUUGUUCUUGACAGAAUAUUUGAAGGAAUCUGCCGGCCAUUUAAAGUGAGAGUUGAACAAGUUCUUCAGUCACAACCAAGUAUAAUUAUAUCAUAUAAACUCAGCAACACGCUGGAGUUUUACAGCUUUACUAUCUCAGAUUUGCUUGGAAGAGAUACUGCUUUAUGUAAUUCACUCUGGGCACUUAAAGAUGCUUCUCAGAAAACAUUCUUUGAGAUUUUAAAAACUCGAGGAGAAAAGCUCUUAAGAUAUCCCGCCCUUGUUGCCGUUGAUCUUUCUCCACCAAUGGCGGUUAGGGAAGGUGUAUCUUUGUUGCUUGAAAUUAUAGAGACAUAUGACAAUAUGAUGUUUCCUGCUUCAAGAAAGAAGCCUCCUUUUGAUCCUGUAAUAUCUGCUUUACUUGAUCCCAUUAUUCAGAUGUGUGAACAAGCUGCAGAUGCACACAAGUCAAAAGGCAGCUUCCAGUCGUCUAGGAAAAUCAGAACCAGUUCUGACCCUGGCCAAUUCACUAAAUCAUCUGUUGAUGCUAUUUUGACUCAUAGCAAUUCCAACUCAACCUCGGAUCAGCCCAGAGAAACCCAUUCGAAGAUAUUCCUGGUGAACUGUUUGUGCGCAAUUGAACAACCAAUAUUGGGAAGCGAAGCAGCAUCUGCAUACGUGAAGAAACUUGGAGCAAUGAUCGACAGUCAGAUACAUAGUCUGGUGAGAGAAGAGGUAGACGCGAUUCUGAGCAAAUGCGGGUUGUUAAACAAGAUGUCAUUCUUCAACAAUUCAUCUGACAAUACUGAUUCACCAUUAGCAGAGAUUGAGGAUACAUCACCAGCAUCACUUUCAGAAUGUCUUAAGGUUAUGUUCGGUCUUGUUUUGGGAAGUGAGAACUCAUUGCCAGAGUUUGAGCAAAUGCAGGUACCUAAGUUGAGGUCCGAGACUUCUGUCCAAGUAGCGAGGUCCCUAGCGGAAGCUUAUGAACUUAUUUAUAAGGCCAUAACAGAUCCUAGGAAUCAGUAUCCCGAUCCCAAGUCCCUAGCCAGGCAUCCCCCGGACCAGAUCAGGACCAUCUUAGGAAUUUGAUUUUUUUCAUUAAAGC